UCCCUGCAUUCUCACCAUAUUUCCCCCGAAUUUUCCUGGGCUCCUGCUGCCUCUCCCGUGUGCUGGGGGCAGGAGGCAGCAGCCAAGCUGAGGCCCAGCUCUCCCAUCAAGUUCCACAUCUCCAGCCGCACGGACAGCGGGGUGCACGCCCUGGCCAACGCCGCCCACCUGGACGUGCCCCCGCGCCCAGGAAAGGCAGAUUUCACUGGCCAGCAACUUGCCCAGGGGCUCAACCACCACCUCAGGCCUGAGCCCAUCCGCAUCCUCAGUGCCCAGCGAGUGCCCAGCACCUUCCACGCCCGGUUCUCUGCCCUGUCCAGGACCUACAUCUACCGCCUGCUGCUGGGCUGUGCCCACCACUCCCAAAUCCCCGUCUUCGAGCGGGACCUGUGCUGGGCCCCGCCUGGAGGGUGAGUCCAUCCCACCCCUGCUGGGGGAAUUUGGGGUUCUGGGCUGUGGGGGGGAAAAAA